AUGGGGAGACCAAAAAAGAAUGCAAAGGCCAACUAUGAGCCAGACAGAUCAUCAAAGAAACCGGCGGCUGUGGCAGAACAACCAGCAGAGGAACAACCCGUGAAGAAGAGAUCCAAGAUGGUUGCUCCGAGAUCUCAGCAAGGAGAUGGAUCGUCACAGCAUCCGGCGGCUGAACAACCACCACAGGAACAACCCGUGAGGAAGAGAUCCAAAAAGGUUUCACCGAGUUCUCGUGAAGGAGAAGGAUCAAGGCAGCCUCCUGCUAGACAACAACCAGAAGUUGAGGAGGAAGAUGAGGAAGAAGAUGAGGAGGGGCCCUGCGACUCAUACUUCAGAUUCCGCGGCUCCACCUAUUCUCUAUUCAAAGUGAUAAGCUACUGGAAACAAGAUGUUGCAUACUAUGCAGCAUGA